AUGUCUGAAUACGAGAAAGUACGGGUGGGCAAAUUGGUAUUAAAAGGAGAAAAACAAAAAUCUAAAAAAAGAAAACACAAACCAAAAAAGGAAAAAACCGAAACUCCAAAAAUAGAUCUGGACUGUACUAAACAUGGUAAUUGGUGGGGCGUGACGAAGAUAGAGCAAAUAGUCGGCCCUAUUGCUAUAGAAUUCGGUAGCCAUACAUAUGUUAAAGCUUUAGAUAAUGGUUUAUUCACUUUAGGAGCCCCUCACGAGGAUGGGCAAGGCCCAUCUCCUGAAGAAAUACUCACAGCAGUACCCAUCAAUGAGCGAAAAGUGGCUUUUAAAUCGGGUUACAAUAAAUACCUAAGAGUUGAGAAGAAUGGAGUCAUUACAGGUAGGAGUGAUGCAAUAGGUGCCAUGGAGCAAUGGGAACCCGUCUUUGAAGGAGGCAAAACAGCCUUAAUAGGCUACAAUGAUUGUUUUUUAAGCGUCAGCCCUGAAGAUGACACAGUAGUUGCAAAUGCAAAGAAAGCAGGAGAGGAACAGUACUUAACAUUGAGGUCUCAAACUAUUAAAGAAGAUACAAGUCAAGCAGAUGCAGGCACUGAAGACCAAGGGAAUGUGAAGCAGAUUGAGAUUAAUUACAUAAAGAAGUUUCAAAAGUUCCAAGAUAAGAAGAUGAGAAUUUGUACUGAAGGGACAGAUAAGUUGAAAAAGGCACAAGAAGAGGGGAUUUUACAUGAAUCAUUGCUGGAUAGAAGGAGUAAGAUGAAAGCAGAUAGAUAUUGUAAAUAA